CAUGUUGAUUCUUAUCUGCAAUGGUCGAAGUGGCCGUAGAUCGACAAUCGGUGGGUUGUGUUAACUGGAACCCAACCGACGGGGAAGAUUUUUUUCGGGGGUUUUAUUCUUUUUUCUCAAGUUUGUUAUUGUAUCGAGUUGAAAAUGGGAGGGCUUUUAAGUUAUUUUAGAAAUCUAUUCGGUAGUAGAGAAAUGAGGAUUCUCAUUUUAGGAUUGGAUGGUGCGGGCAAGACUACCAUUCUGUACAGGCUCCAAGUGGGCGAAGUGGUCACAACAAUACCUACCAUUGGGUUUAAUGUAGAACAAGUCUCUUAUAAGAACCUCAAGUUUCAAGUAUGGGAUCUUGGAGGGCAGACGAGUAUAAGGCCUUACUGGCGAUGUUAUUAUGCAAAUACAGAUGCCAUUAUUUAUGUUGUUGAUUCAGCAGAUAAAGAUAGAAUAGGAAUUUCCAAAGAUGAACUGUAUUAUAUGUUAAAUGAAGAAGAACUGCAAGGUGCGAUUCUCGUAGUGCUUGCAAACAAACAAGAUAUGGACGGUUGCAUGAGUGUGGCAGAAGUCCAUCAAGCACUUGGGUUAGAUGCACUCAAGAAUCGGACAUUCCAAAUCUUCAAGACUUCUGCUGUGAAAGGUGAAGGGCUUGAGUCUGCCAUGGACUGGCUCUCCAAUGCAAUCCAAAAUCGUAAAUGAACAUACGAUUUGCUGUUUACCUUUUAAUAAGUGCUAUAAUGAAAAGUGAAUUAAAAAUCAACUCACUGUUGGAAUUUACAUGUACUUACUUGUACGUAAUUCCUUCCACCUGUACCAAGAAUGGUGUAUCUCUGACACCUUGAGGUUUGUGGUGCUUUUACAAGGAUUUUCUGCAAAACAUUUUAAGUGACAUUGUGUACAACUCUAAAUAGCUAUUGAUUCCAAACUUAAUUGAUUAUAGCUUGGGAUUUAAAUAUUACUCAUGUUAGAACUUUAGAUCCCAUAUGUUGCUUUAAGUGCAUUUUUGUUAAUGAGAGUGUGUUUAUGUGUGAGUGUGUGCAAAUGAGAGUGAGUAAGUGAGCAUAUAUGGAUUGUGUAUGAGGCAACUAUUUAAUAUAAAUAAAUUUAUUGUAAUAAGUUGUACAUUAAAUUGUAUUUAUAUUUUACGACUAUAAAUACUCACCCCUCCUUAUUGUAUUGUUAAACUGUCAAUAAUAUAGGAAAUCAAUAUCAAAAUAAAGCUUAUUAAAAAAGAAAGUUAUGGAUAAUACGAUGAAAAGUUAAACAUAAAAAAAAUCUAAACAACUAUUAUGUAUCAUUCCAACCAAAGAAAUUUUGGGUCUGUGUUGGCAGAGAACAUUAAAGCAUCUGAUCUGUGUUUCUUA